UUCUUACUCUCCAAAGUCUUUUUAAAAAGAGAGACUUCACCAAAAAUUUACAGCCUUUUCGUUUCUUUCUUCCUCAUCUCGCUGUUCAUUGCUUCCCUCCAUUGACAACUUCUCAAUCCAACUGCAAAUUGCAUUUUAAUUUGUAUAAUUUUAAAUUUUCAACUCUUUUAUUUGAUUAGAAAACUAAUUCCGUCCUUUUCCUUUUUCAUAUUGCCAUGUCUUUGAUUCCACCUUCCCCGAUUUUUUCUCUAUUUCUCCCUCAAUUUUUCAUUUCCAAUAUCCGAAUUCCCAAGAAAAAGAAAAAAAAGGGUUUCAUGAAUUUGAAUUGAAUUUCAGUUGGUAUCAAAUGCGAUACUACUGUUAAAUUCUUUUUUUCAUAAAAGGGUUUGCAAUUAUGAGCACGCAAAAGCUUCUCGAAAUCGAUCCUCAGCCGCUAGCUUUUCGCCUUGAGGUGGGGAGACAAGCCUCUUGCAGAAUUAACCUAUCUAAUAACUCCCAAGAGGAUGUUGCUUUUAAGGUUAUGACGACAAGUCCUCAUAAAUACGGCGCUCAACCCAAUGUCGGAGUUCUUAAGCCCAAAUCAUGUUUCGAAAUUACAGUAAUUAUGAACGGCGCAACGGAGAUCCCUUCUGACAUGGAGUGUAAUGAUGUGUUUCUGAUAAGAAGUGUUGUUGCAACUCCUCUUCACACACCAGAAACCGCACACGAGCUGUUUGAUGAAGGAACAAGUGCGUUUGAAGAUUGCAGAUUGACAGCGGUGUAUGUUACCCCAACCCGUUCCGAGAGAUCCGCAGCACGUUCACCGCAACAGUGGCACGGCAUAAAUGGAAUCGAUGUUGUUGAUUGGUUGAAGAAGGGCAUUGCUGUUGUCUUGCUGUGUUUGAUCGUUGGGUUACUCGUAAUCAAGAUUCUGCCACUCAUAUGGAGUUUGACUUUUAUGAUGACGGUGUUGGUAGUGAAAUUGGGGAAGAAGUUGCUUUCAGAGCGUGCUGAAGAUUGGAUGAUGACGAUUCUUCUUUCCAUUGUUGGUCAUAUCUGUCCGAAUGUUUUCAGGCGAGGAGGGAGCUAACCGUAACGUUCGAUUUAUAUUCUUGCGAAAAGGGGUUUUUUUAUUUUAUGAAUGUAAAUUAUUUUGAUGGCGUUGCUGUAGUUUAUACGUACUAUUACUCGAGGUAAAUGGCAAACUGCAGGUUUUGCAUUUGGUUGGAGAUCGAAAGUGUGGCACCUCGUUCGUUGGUGAUAAAUAAUGCUGUGGUGAAUUGUGAACAUUUCAAGUUGUGUUUUAUGUUUUAUGUAUUUUGAACGCAAUAUUACUCGAGUGUAAAAGGCGAACCGCUGUUUUUUUUUUUCACCGGUUAUAUUUCAAAAAUUGUAACA